GGCGUCACCACAUUAAAGUUGAGCGGAUGAGUAUCACACACGCCGACGAGGAAAGCACGAGUUUUUAGUUCCGAACAGUCAUAAUAUCCUAAAUUGUGCUACGUUCUUUUUUAGUUUUAGUUCAUAAAAUACAUUACUGGAAUGUAUCGUGAAUCUUGAGCAGGCAAUGCCAAACGAAGCUUUGGGUCAGAAUUGUUAUGUUUUUAAACGAGACGCGCAUUUUGGUUGAUCUUAUAUAUAAGUAUUACAAUAAUUGAGAAAACAACCGUGCUGAAGCAGAAACCGUUCAUUUGCAUCCAGUCAGUUGUGAAGACGGGCACUCUUCUUUGAAGCGCCACAGGACAUCAUUUGCAUGAAACUGAAGCCAGAUCAAAACGUUGACUCCUCCAACUGUACUCGAUUCAAAGAGAAAGUGGGAAAUCCAACUAGGAAAAGGACUGAAGACCACGACACCUGUGCCACAUCUACCACUAACCCCCCCUUGACCCCUUCAAAACCCACCCUCCUGUCCACUAUGUCUCUCAAUACCUUCCACCUGAUGGAGACCCUCAAGAAAUCCCCGGCGGCUUUACGCCGCCGUUUCCGCCGUGACCGCACAGAGUCCCUCUCCCACGGCGAUCCGCUAUUCAAGGUCCACUACCUGGGCACUGAGAAAAUCUUCUCCCUGGAUCGAGAGCAGGCCCAGGAUGCCAUAGCCCGUCUGCUCGACGGGGCCGCAAAUGGAAAGAAGCUGAGCAAAGACCACGCCUUGGUUGUUCGUCCACGCUAUGUCGAAGUCAAAGAGCUCAGCACAGGACGCCAGCUCACUAAGACGUACCUCCAGGACAUCGCCUACUGCGCGGCCGACGCCACCAGACCCAACGUGUUUCUGUACAUCUGUAAGCAGCGUGGGCAACAGCUGCAGUGCCGGGUGUUCUGGUGCAGCCGGGCAGAGCGGGCACGGGACAUGACGGCCUGUCUGGCACACUCCUUCCAGAGGGCACUGAGUGACUGGCAGGGGGAUGGCGGAAGUACCGGUACACUGACUCCAGAAAAGGUUGGGGUGAAGGAGGGAGAGGAUAUGCCCACCACCCCUAAUAGCUCCAAAAACUCCAUGCUAACAGCUAGCUUAAGACGAGUCCGUUGGAAGAAGAGGAGGUCCCUGUCUCGCAGUCCACUGAGUGCCAUGAUCAGGAAGAGAUCCACCUCAGACAUCUGGCACUGAGACAACUGAUCCCCAGCAUGACACUAAACUGAUGACACCCACAGAGACUAGUUACAGCACGUAGGGAGGGAGGGAAGAGACGAGGGAUUGAAAGAACCCACCACUACUGGACUCAACAGGACUGAAGGGUGAGAGAAGGAGAUUAGUGCUGGACUUUCUUUUAAAUGGGACAUUGCCUUAGUAAGUCUACAGUACAGUUCAUGACUGAAAUGAACAUUUAGCCUACAAACCGGGACAGUUCAUGACUAGCUGCCUUGGAAGACCUGGGAACAAGGCAUUGGGUUGAUGGUGUGGUACUGUAAGCUGUUUCCAGCAUUCACCUCCGUUGCCUUGUGACUUGCUUUCACUGUUGGAAAGCUUCAAUGCUAAACUGCUAAUAUCCAUUGCCAUUCCAAGGCACUUGUUUUCUAGUGGCCUUGCUACUCUAAACUGCCAGUUAUGCUUUCGAAGAAAGGAGCACAUGGUCUUGUGUGCCUUUUAUAACUAGGUAAGGAUAUGACCAAAUAUAUCCCCAAACCACAAUCUUCUCUCAAUGCAAUGCUGGGUAUGGGCUGGAAUGGUUGAAACUGGUUACAGUCAUAGCAAUGAUGGUUGUUUUUUUUAUAGUUUAAAAAAAAUGUAUUUCAAAUAAGUUUUUGUUGUUAGCUUAUGGAUCAUCAGCCUGUACCUUUUUUUUUUUUUUUUAAGGGGCGAGGAACUUUGUUUGAGCUGACCCUGCAAUGUGAGCUCCAUGUUGGUCUUGGGAGAGGUGUUACAAAGUGUGUGUGUGAGGAUUCAUGGGGCAUAAAGGGUUCAUUUGAGCCGACCAUAGAAGAACAUCUGCUGAGUUGUCGUAGGUACAUGGUAGGCUGUGUUUAUAGGCAGAACUGUAAUUAAGGCUAUAAGACAUGAGAACCCAGGGUUUAUCGUGUGAAUAACUCACGACUAAGACCCAACAUGGAGGAUCAGGGAAACGGCCAUUAGGAGGAUGUUAUUCACGAUAAUUCCUGGGGCCUGAUUGCUUUUAUAAAACGGUUACCAUUUUUUUUUUUAAAGAUGUGUUUUCAUUCAAUGUUAUUUUAAUGAGUAAAUGUGUUUUAUUUCAUCCUUCCACCAUGGCGAUCUAGCCUGAGCAAAAGCCAGUUGUUAGUUCUGAAAUAAUGAAGUAGCUAGCCAAAUGAGCUGGUCAUCCAAAAAAGGUUGCCAUGCAGGCUAGCUACUUUUCCUUUGCUAGUUAGCUAACUAAAGCUGACACUAUCACAUCAAGCAGCUGAAAUAAUGGCAAACUAUGUGCAUUUUAGUUUGUUUUACCUUUGUUUCUAUUGCCAUUUCUUUUGACAUAUCCAUUGUUAUGACCCUUUAUAAAUAAAUUUUCCUGACUAAGAGAAGCUGUCAGUCUUGUCACUCGCAAGUAUAACCUGCAACAUCGUUGCACAAGUCGGGGGCAAGCAGCAAGGUUUAGACAAACCCAAACUGUUGCAAACUAAAUGCUAGCCUAGUAGUGUGGGGAAAUAAUGUUUUAACACUAUUUUACAGGAGAAAUGAAGUUUAUAAAUUGCCUGGCUGGGCUGUGGAAUUCUAAUGGAACUGUUAAAGGGAAAAUCAAAUGAUGAUGUGGCCAGUCAUUGACAGUGCAUUUUAUUCCAAGACUAUGCUAACUCUGUCUUCACAAAUAUUCUGAAUUUGAAUGAGCCUCACGGCUUAUGUAUACUAUAGAUGCAAUAUCAACCUACUUAUUCACACUAAAUCCUCCCUUACAGGCGUUAGUGUUUGCUAGAACAGUUUUUUUUCUCAUAAUGAUGAACCAGUUAGAUUUAUAUUAUUAGCAGUUUAUUUGGAAAAAUCACUCAUCUGUGAUCCUCACUAUUCCGGUGUAUGCAAAGUAGUAAAGUUUUUGUCACAUAUACCGGAUAGGUGUAGUGAAAUGUGUUCCCCGGGUCAGAUAUAGUAGUUCAGCAGCCCUGGAGAAAAUUAGGUGUAAGUGUCUAGUUCAAGGGCACAUCGACAGAUUUUUCACAUUGGCGGCUCAGGUAUUCAAACCAGCGACCUUUCACUUACUGGCCCAACGCUCUAACCGCUAGGCUACCUCUGUUCCUCUGUGGGGCAGGAACGUUGGUUUGAACUGUUCGGGAACUUCUGUCGUGCUCCUGCAUUCCAAUGGGGACACUAGAGUUCACAAAUCCUCAUUGGCCCCGCCCCCAACCUCUCCUCUCUGUCUGGCCUAACCUACUGUAACCUCAUGACUUUGCAUGUUUCAUAGCAUUAGUGUUAGUGUGGCCCCAAGCUCAAAUACCUGUUUCUCUUACACACGCUCUCUUGCGCCUCACACACUUCCCCACAUCUGCUUAUUCCAUACAUUAAAGACAUCUAUACUCAGGCAACCAUUAUGAAAAGGUCACAUUACAUCCCAGCUUAAUUUCUCGACGAGAUACUACAGUAUGCAGUAUUGUAUAAUUUAGUUUCAUGACAGCUGACUGGUGUUUUGUGUAGAGUUUACACAGGAGACUGCUUGUCUACGAAUGGGGUGGUAUGGGGGCUAUUCUACAUUUGAGCCCCUACCUAUCCUCGGGCCAACCCCCCCCACACACACACACAUUACACCUUACCAUUUUAGUGACAAAUAAACAAAAGGUUAGCGAUGGCUAUCUGCAUGUUUUACAGUAAAAGGUGCCUCUGUUUUAAAAUGUUAUUUGACUUGACAGGUUAUGCCAUUGAUGUCAAUGGAUGUUUGUUUAACCAUUUAUUUUUAAUGACUGUAUUCUGAUGUAUCUCAAACUACACUCCAAAGAUGAGGUUGUGCCAUUUGUAAGUGCAUGCUUUAAGGUCUGGUUUUAUGUUGCAUAUUUAAAUAUUUAAAUGUGUUCUAUGGAAUAAUAAACAUUUAUACAAUGA